AUGGCUAGCGGUAACACAACCGCUGCGCCCAACAACACCACUCUCCCGGGAGAGGUCUCGUCCGUCGUUUCGGACACGAAAGAACCGAAGCCUGUUCAGGACGCGGCUCCAACUGCUGCGGCGACCAGCCCUGCUUCUGCGACAACACGCGAGGCAGGUAAACAGGAUGAGAAGAAUGAGGUGCCGGUGGCCAAGGCUGUGACCCCCAUUGAGGAACUCUGGGCUCUUGUCAAAGGUCACGGCCAUGGCGAAAUCUGGGGCGUGACUCUCGCCGAUCCAGCCAGCCACAUCCCUACUCAGAUUGUGCUGCAGAAAUACCUCAAUGCCAAUGACGGGGAUCUUGCCAAAGCCAAGGACCAACUUAAGAAGACACUCGACUGGCGGACCAAGAUGCAGCCUCUGGAGUUGCUGAAAAAGAAGUUCAACCGCAGCAAAUUCCAGGGCUUGGGUUAUGUGACUGUCUAUGGAGCGGCCGAUUCACCUGAGCCCGAGGCCAAGGAGGUCAUCACCUGGAACAUCUAUGGCAGCGUCAAGCAUAUGGACGAGACCUUUGGCAACGUAGACGAGUUCAUCCAAUGGAGAGUGGCCCUCAUGGAAGAGGCUCUUCAGUCGCUUGACAUUUCCAAAGCCACCAAGCCCAUCACUGCCGAGCAAGAUCCAUACAAGAUCAUCCAGGUCCAUGACUAUAAGUCGAUCAGCUUCCUGCGUCAGUCAUCCUCAGUCAAGGCCGCCAGCACGAAGACCAUCGAGAUUUUUGCGCAGAACUAUCCUGAGCUGCUGAAGGAGAAGUUCUUUGUCAACGUUCCGGCACUGAUGGGGUUCGUCUACGGGCUGAUGAAGCUAUUUGUGGCUCCCAAGACUCUGAAGAAGUUCCAUCCCAUGAGCAACGGUGCCAAUCUCUCCAAAGAAUUCACCAGCAGCUCGGUCAAGGGACUGGGUGACCUGAUACCCAAGGAAUAUGGUGGAAAGGGGGCAGACCUCGGCAGUACAGGGAAGCAACCUGCCCUUGAGGAUGAACAAUGA